GAAUGAGAGGACAUCAAUGAAUAGAAUAGAAUAGAAUGGAGGGCCUUGUUCAGUGCUCUGCAAAUUACGUAGCCUUGACACCAGUAAGCUUCCUGGAAAGAGCAGCCACUGUUUAUAGAGACAAGACCUCCAUUGUUUACGGUGGCCUCAGAUUUUCUUGGGAUAAAACUCAUAAAAGAUGUCUGAAGCUGGCUUCUGCUUUGGUUCAAUUGGGGGUUACUCCUGGCGAUUUUGUUGCAACCUUGGCCCCUAAUAUUCCAGCACUCUAUGAAUUGCAUUUUAGUGUUCCAAUGGCUGGCGCAAUUAUCUCAGCACUUAACACCAGGGUGGAUGCAACCAUUUUAGCGUCUUUAUUACAACAACUGCAAGCUAAACUCAUUUUUGUAGAUUAUCAAUAUACUGAUGUUGUCCUCCAGGCAUUCGACAUUCUUUCCAUAAAGAAUGGCAAGCCUCCACGGCUUGUAUUGAUCCCUGAGUCUGACCAGCCAACUUCUUCAUUGUCCAACAACCAAGGAUUAUUUAACUUGGAUUACUUUGCUCUUCUUGAAAUGGGUUCAGUUGAUUUCCAAGUAAUAAAGCCGAGCAAUGAAUGUGAUCCAAUUUCAGUGAAUUACACUUCAGGCUCAACUGGGAAUCCUAAAGGGGUGGUGUACAGCCAUAGAGCUGCCUAUCUAAAUUCAUUGGCUGAAAUUUUCAGGUGUGAUUUGAGACAAAUGCCAGUAGUUUUUCUAUGGACAUUAGACAUGUUUCGUUGCAAUGGGUGGUGCCUAACUUGGGCAAUGGCUGCUGUCGGCGGUACUAAUAUUUGCCUCAGAAAUGUCUCAGCCAAAGUAAUAUUUGAUGCGAUAAUACUUCACAAGGUAACUCACUUGUGUGGUCCGCCAUCUAUCUUGAACAUCAUUGCCAAUGCACCUGCAAGUGAGCAAAUGAAACUUCCAAGCAAGGUCAACGUUGUCGUAGCAGGUGCAUUGUUAAACCCUAAAAUCCUCUUGAAGGUUGAAGAGUUAGGGUUUCAAGUCACCGAUGGAUAUGGUAUGACUGAGGUCCUUGGUCCGGCGAUAGUUAGGCCAUGGAAACUUGAUUCAGAUUGUAAUGGUUCUUCCAUGGAUGAUGAUGAUGAUCAAGAAAAAUACAAAAGCUCUGAAGGGCUACACAAUCUUUUGAUGGAAGGGGUUGAUGUGAAGGAUCCAAACACCAUGAAAAGCGUACCAUCUGAUGGAAAAACCAUAGGAGAAGUGACGUUCAGAAGCAAUAUUUUGAUGUCAGGAUAUCUCGGCAACGGAAAAGCUACACAAGAAGCUUUCAGGGAUGGAUGGUAUCACACAGGGGACCUUGGAGUUAGACACCCAAAUGGUAGCAUUCAAAUGAAGGAUCGAGCAAAGGAUAUAAUCAUUUGUGGAGGAAGGAGUAUAAGCACAUUAGAAGUGGAAGCUGUGUUGCUAAGUCAUCCAAUGGUUUCAGAGGCUGCUGUGGUUGGAAAAUUUGAUUGUGAUUUGAAGGAGGUGGUGCCUUGUGCAUUUUUGAAAUUGAAAGAUGGGCGUGAUGCUGACGCUAAAGAGAUUAGUGAAUUUUGUGAAGAUCAAUUGCCACACCAUAUGAUUCCAAAGGUUACAGUUGUGGGUGAUCUUCCUCUCAAUUUCAAUGGAAAGGUGCAAAAAUUUGUUCUAAGGGAGAAAGCCAAUGCCCUGAGCUAGCUACUAGGUAGUGACCUUGCCAAUUCUUAAAGGUUUCUUUCUGAUGAUCUAUAUUUUCCUUUAUUUUCUCUUUUAUUUUUCCAAAGAAAAAAAAGACACUUCUUUUGAAUUUCAUGUAGUUCCAGCAUCAAGUUGUAUCAGCAGCUUUAAUUUGCAAAUAAUUUUUAAUCUUCGAAUCA